UUAUUUGCUACAUGGACCUCCUUAUGUAAUCCAAAAGGUCGGUUUUUGAAUUUAACCCUACCCCUUAACUGCUUCCUUUUCAUCUCCAUUGUCAUCUUCAUCACCAUCGUCUUCACCAUCAGCACCAUCGUCUUCACCAUCAGCACCAUCGUCUUCAUUUGUGCAUUUCCGUCAUCAUCAUUUUCGUUCAUCAUACUCACCCAUUACCAUCACUUUUUUCUUUCUCACGGUCAACCAUCCAUCCAUCUUUUCUCCAUUGACACUCAACAACAGACACCAUACAGUAACUUCAUCACAUUACAAACAACAGUCUCCAUAUCCUUUCGUUCCACUCAAAAUUAUCCAUCACUGCUCUUCGUCAAUUCAUCUUCAUCUCCAUUAAUUUCCUCCAACACAUCACAGAUACAUCUUCAUGGCCAUCAACCCUUCACAUCUUCCAGCCACCUCCCCAUCAUAGCCCCUCGCUUUCUUUCUUCUCAACCUCAUCACUAACUUUUCUCCUUCAAUCACCAACCUUCACUUCACCCAGAUUCUAAAAAAAAAGUAGAAAAAAAAACAGGAAAAAACAUGGUGGGUGCAUCCUCAACAAAGACAGACAAUAAAGUGGUUAGAAAUUAUGCUCUUUGAUUCUUGAAUAUGGGCAACGUCAUUGAAUCGCUUGCUUCGGGCUUAGGACAGGCAUUUGGUAAACUGUUUAGUUCUCCAAUUGAAUUUCUUUCUGGAAAGUCUUGCAGCUCAGUGUGUGGACCAACAUGGGAUUUCAUGUGCUAUAUCGAAAAUUUUUGCAUUGCCAAUAUCCUGAAAUUAGCCAUGGUAUUUAUGCUAUCUUACAUUGUUCUGUUGUUCUUCUAUCUGGUGCAUAAAUUGGGCAUAUGUGGAUGUCUUUGCCGGUCUUCUUGCAAAAUGACGUGGGCAUGUUUCUCUUCGUGUUUCCAUGUUUGGGAGUAUUCUUGCACCUUCUUGUGUAUUAAGCUACACAAUAUCAGGAGAACAAGGAGAAUAAGAAGGGUCAGAGUGGACAUGAAAAAAAAAUUCUACUCAGGUGAAAGCCUUUCACACCAUUUUCCAUCACGUACAAAAAUGAGCAGAUCAAUUUCGCGUAGUAGGGACUAUAAAGCCUCCCACCUAAGGAAGUCUUUGAAACCAAGGAGACAUCAUGCUAGAGUUGAAAUCAGUAGAGAUCUUAGAUGUAAAAGUAAAAGGAAUCAUAGUCUUGGAGAGCCCAGUUUCACAAGCAAUGGCAUUAAGCACGGCAAUCACAGAGGCACAAUCAAUGACAUAAAGGUAAUCCAUACAUCUAAGUUUACAAGAAAAGGUAUAUCUAGGAGGAAUAGAGUUCUGCCGAGGCAGAGAAGGCAGAAUCUUAGUUGAGGGUUCUUAUGCGAACCACUUUCUCGCUGUAUGUUUCUGAUUUGUCAGGAUGAAAAA